GCCAACAUCAAGAACAAAGGGCCUUCUUUUUCAGAAAAAAUUUGACCAUUGUCUCUAGUUUGAUUAACUUUCAUUAGCCUGAUUAAGGUAUGGCUAGUGCUCGAAGAAUAUGCCGCCGAGGUGCCGCGACAGGAACCGUUGAUUCCGCCCUCGUGGAGCCAUGUUACCGGUCGGAUUGUCAGCAUCAACGGUCAGGGCCGAGCCGUUAGAACAAUGUUAUGUAUGCAAUUGUUUAGUUCGUUCUUCGUCGUCCCCUUGUGGAGUGGCGAGAGAGGAGAGAAUUCUUUAAAGCUGCUCCAUUGAGAUCGUUGGCGGUGUUCUUUGUUCUUGGAGGCGAGCGAGUAGUAGUAGUAGCACUGGUUGCUGGAUUGUUUUUCUUGUUCUUCUUCCCUCCUCUUCUUCCAGCAAUGUGGAGACGAGCUCUAGAACCGCUGCUGCCGCUGCUGCUACUGCUGCUCCUCAAUCUUCUAGCGGUCUCUUCCUCCUUCAGCCAGCCCGACUUUGUCACGCUCCAAAUCGCCAAGCCGCCAGUCGUAGCCGUUGAGGAGCAAGAAGAAGCCGCCGCCGCCGCCUCCGCCGCCAAGGCGCCGCUGGACGAGCUGAGCUUCAGCGUCCCACUGCUCCACCGCGACGCCCCUUCCUCCCCGCUCCGCCCAAGCAACGCCACCACCAAGCAGCUCCUCCUCGCCCGCCUCCGCAAGGACGAGCUCCGCAGCAAAGCCAUCGCCGCCACCAUCGCCCUCGCCACCAAUGGCUGGCGCAAGUCCGACCUCCGCCAUCCUCUCCCAGGCCAGUCGGAGUCUCUCGCAGUAGCAGCGCUAGCCUCUGGACGAGGAGGACGAGGCCACGGAGGAGCUCGAGGAGGAUUCGCGUCGCCACUCAUCUCCGGCAUAGCUGGCGGCAGCGGCGACUACUUCGCUCGGAUUGGAGUCGGGACGCCGGCUCGCAGCGUCUACAUGGUGGCGGACACCGGCAGCGACGUCUCUUGGCUCCAGUGCUCUCCAUGCCGCAAGUGCUACCGCCAGCAGGACCCCAUCUUCAACCCCUCGCUCUCCUCCUCGUUCAAGCCUCUCGCCUGCGCCAGCUCCAUCUGCGGCAAGCUCAAGAUCAAAGGCUGCAGCCGCAAGAACAAGUGUAUGUACCAGGUGAGCUACGGCGAUGGCUCCUUCACCGUCGGCGACUUCUCCACCGAGACGCUCUCCUUCGGCGAGCACGCCGUGCGUAGCGUCGCCAUGGGCUGCGGCAGGAACAACCAGGGGCUCUUCCACGGCGCCGCGGGGCUGCUCGGCCUGGGACGAGGACCACUCUCGUUUCCAUCCCAGACGGGGACCUCCUACGCUAGCGUCUUCUCCUACUGCCUUCCCAGGAGGGAGUCCGCCAUAGCUGCGUCGCUCGUUUUCGGUCCCAGCGCUGUCCCGGAGAAAGCUCGCUUCACCAAGCUGCUUCCCAACCGGCGGCUGGAUACGUACUACUACGUUGGGCUCGCGAGGAUCAGAGUUGCCGGCUCGCCUGUGAACAUCCCCCCGGAUGCGUUUGCCAUGGGUUCCAGAGGCACUGGUGGUGUGAUCGUCGACUCUGGCACCGCCAUCUCCAGGCUCACCACCCCGGCUUACACUGCUUUACGCGAUGCGUUUCGGUCGCUGGUAACUUUCCCCUCGGCCCCCGGGAUCUCUCUCUUCGAUACCUGCUAUGAUCUCUCAUCCAUGAAGACGGCCACCCUGCCUGCUGUGGUUCUCGACUUCGAUGGUGGUGCCUCGAUGCCGCUUCCAGCCGAUGGAAUUCUCGUCAAUGUGGAUGACGAGGGGACGUACUGCCUGGCCUUCGCUCCUGAGGAGGAGGCCUUCAGCAUCAUCGGAAAUGUCCAGCAGCAAACGUUUAGAAUCUCGAUUGAUAACCAGAAAGAGCAAAUGGGAAUCGCACCUGACCAGUGUACUAGCUAGCUUCUUUCUUUCAUAGCCGAGGAAGAAGAAGAGAAAAAAAAUAUCUCCAGAAAACAACACGAAGUUUGUUUGAGCAAUCCAUGAAAAUCAAUAUACCUCAGAAGCGAUCGAUCGUUUGUACA